GUUCCGAGGAAGAGCUAUGAGAACCCACAGGAACUCCAUCGUUGCAGGGCCGCGCAGCUAACCGACUUGGCGAAGAACGAAUUCAUAGCCCAAAGAGGCAUCAGUGUCGUCACCACUCUGUGCUGCUCAGCUGGAGCAAGCAGUUGGGCUCUCAAUGUCCCACUGAACAGCUCGAAUACUCACAAAGUUGCAAGGGCAAAGCAGCGGGUUUGACAGCUUGGGAUUCGGACCUCGGACAACUAAGUUCUGCGAGCGAAGCAUUGGCGCGCUCAUCACCAUGUGAGAAAACUAUUGCUUUUGUCUUGCGACGACCCCACGAUGGAAGAUGAAUUGGAUAAAAGGUAUGAGCAGCUGCACAAUGGGAUGAACUCGCGAUGGCAUCACCCUAUUAUUGCGACUCAAUAUCAAGCACCACACAUUCCUCGCGACGGCCAGAGUUAUUAGACUUGUCUCUAGUUAUUAGACAUCUUACCGCAACGAAGCCAUCACGAUGAGAUCGUCGGCCCUUUCCACGAUCCUCUCCUGGGCAGCCGUCGCGUCCGCCGCCGCAGUGACAAACGACACCUCGCCUUCCCCAAGCAUUCCCAACGUUGUCCAGUCCACCUGGGACGGGAAAUGUUUCUACCCUACGCCUGAUGCCGCCUUUGACCUCGAGUCUUACCUUGGCCGUUGGUACCAGGUCGCCGGCACUGUUGCGCCCUUUACCGCAGGCUGCAAGUGCAUCUUUGCGCAGUACUCUCUGAACGAUAAUGGCACCGUCAAGGUGAACAACACCUGCGAAGCCGGGGGCCGCGCCAUCAACAUCCUGGGCACCGCUACGCCGGCUGAUCCUUCAUACGGAGCCAAGGGAGCCCUUCGCGUACAGUUCCCCGGCCAGCCCGGUCCCGACUGCGCCGGUCCGAAUUACAUUGUCCAAGACUACACCCCAGACUUUGCGCUCGUGCAGGCCAGCAACUUUACUACGCUGUUCGUGCUCAGUCGACAGCGAAACCCGGAGGACGCGAUUCUCGACGGCUUGCAAUUGGCUAACAAAAUGAACUCUCAACGGGCUUGGAUCGCGCGCGCCGGCCAGCUCGGCUCGAACCUCGCAGACGUUGUAAAGACGGAUCAAACCGGUUGCCAGUUCGCAUGA